GCCUUUGAGCGACCAAUCAACCAGUCACAACGUUUGUAAACAGAAAAGGAUUUCAGAGAGGUUAUAACUUUUGACAGUUGGAAAUUAUAAUAUUCUUUUUCUAAUAAUAAUUAAUUUAUUAUGUCAGAAGAAAAGUGUGGAAACACUUGUCAGUUCAUUUUUAAAAAGCGUAAUAUUAAAGCAAAGGGUGCUCGAAAAAGACAGGACACUUCAGAAUCAGAAAAUAGCGAAGAUGAACAUGAAAAUACUGUUAUCAAACCUUUAUCAAGAAAAAGAAAAGUAAAUUUAAAUAUUCAAAGUACUGCUGAUACUAAGAAGAAGAAAGAUGACACUAAUGAAUCACUAAGUGAUACUGAUGAAAAUGAUGAAGCAGUUUCAGUUAAUUACAAAUCAAACAGAUCUGCAAUGCCAAGCGGACCAUCUGAUCAAUUAGCCACAGCUAUUCUGGAAACUGAAACUGAAAAAGACCGAGAUGCUCAAGCAAUUUUUGAAAAACGACUUGAAAUUAAUAAAGAACUUGAAGGACAGGUAGAUGACAAGGUGUACAGAGGAUUAAAUAAUUAUGCCCAAUAUUAUAAACCUAAGGACACUGCUGCAGGAAAUGCAAGCUCAGGGUUAGUUAGGAAAGGUCCUAUCAGAGCCCCAGCUAACUUAAGAGCUACUGUUCGAUGGGAUUAUCAACCAGAUAUAUGUAAAGAUUAUAAAGAAACAGGGUAUUGUGGUUUUGGAGACAGUUGUAAAUUUUUGCAUGAUAGAAGUGAUUAUAAACAUGGCUGGCAACUGGAAAGAGAAUGGGCUUCUGGUGAAUAUGGACAUGAAAGUGAUGAUGACAAAAAAUACGAAAUUGACUCUGAUAAAGAAGAUUUGCCAUUCAAAUGUUACAUUUGCAGGAAAAGUUUUGUUAAUCCAAUUGUUACAAAAUGUAAACAUUACUUUUGUGAGGGUUGUGCAUUGAACAGAUAUAAGAAGACUUCAAGAUGUGCUAUUUGUUCUGCUCAGACAAAUGGGGUAUUUAAUCCAGCAAAAGAAUUAAUUGCAAAGCUUAAACAUCUAAAAGAACAAGAGGAAGAAGAAGAACAACAAAAUAAUUCAAAUUCUGACUCUGACUGAUUUUGUAUUUAAGUACAAAAAGAAUAUUAAGUAUGUAAUUUUAAGAAAUUAUAGAGUUUUAUUUAUA